AGCACGGGGAGGAAGGUGCAUGGUGUCACUGUGACCCCCAGGAAAUGGCGAGUUACAGCAGGAGCGCACAGCAAUGGGCUACGUUUGCCAGAAUGUGGUACCUGAUUGAUGCCAGAAUGCAGCCUCCUGGGAAGGUGGCCUCGCUGUGUGCUGUGCACCUGAAAGGGAAACACAAGCCGAUGUACCACGCGCUAAGUGACUGUGGAGACCACGUGGUGGUGGUGAAUACCAGGCAUAUUGCUUUCUCCGGGAAUAAAUGGGAAGAGAAAGUUUACUCGUCUCACACAGGUUACGCGGGAGGAUUUCGGCAAGUAACUGCAGCUCAGCUGCACCAGAGGGACCCAACAGCCAUCAUGAAACUUACUGUAUAUGGAAUGUUACCUAAAAAUCUUCUCAGAAGGACAAUGAUGCAGAGAUUGCACCUCUUCCCAGAAGAUGACGUUCCAGAAGAAAUCAUGAAGAAUAUUUUUGCAGAGAUUCCACAACCAAGGAAGGUGCCUAAGAAGCUGGAUGAAUAUUCACCAGAAGAAAUUGAGGCUUUCCCAAAGCUCUGGAUUCCGUCUCCAGACUUCAUCAGGAAAUGAUCGGGAGGAUUUCUUGCACUUAUAUUUGCUUCGUUUUUGGCGUUUUUUUACACAGUGAAAUAAAUGUAAUGAUUAAUAAUUCAAA